GGGCUUGAUCUGGUAGUGACUGGCGGUUGGUUGUUUUGGCGGCGGCCGCCGAGAUUUGAAGGCGCGCGGAGGUUCGGAGCCGAUAGCGAUGGUCAAGCGCGCGGUGCCGCGGAGGAGCCUCCAGUCAGUGCUGAAAAAACACAAACCGCAUUUGCGGCUCAGCAAGGAUAUCCACAUCAUGGUACAUUUGAACUGUCUCUUGUUCCUUCAUCGUUUGGCUGUGGAGGCUCGGACUAAAGCUGUUGAAUCAAAAAGUUCUACUAUUCAACCAAACCAUGUCAAGGAAGUGGCAAAGGCUGUUCUGAAGAAGAGCAGAGGCUGAAGAGAAACAAUACAUAAGUUAUCAGCACUAUUUUCUGUAUUUGAUGAGCUAUUGUUAACUGAAAUAUUGAGUUGUAUGUAAUCAAGGAAAGGAAAAUCAUUUUCUUUGGAGACAAUUGUUUUUGUCUCAGCUUCUUACUAAAAUAAUUCUAUUUUUGUCAUUCUUUCACUUUACUAUGACAUGACAACUUCUUUUGUGCUGUUCUACAACAUAUUACUACUUUUACAAAAAUAGAAUACUUGUGUUUUAUACCCUGGGCAAAUGAAUAAUUCCAAUUUCAGGCGCAGAAUCUUCUUGACAGAGUUGUUGGAUUCGUGUUGCUUUCGAUAUACUAUAUCACAUAAUGAAUAAAUGAUUAAAAUAUCAGAGCUUGAAAGCAAAAUACUUUGGAUGCUAGAAAUCUCAAAUAAAAACAGAAAAUGCUGAAAAAACUCAGCAGAUCUGGCAGCAUCUGUGGAGACAGUUAAUAUUUUGAGUCCUCCUUCAUAGCUUCUUAAAAGAUCAGUUUUAACUUGGCUGUAAAUAAAGUUUGUUUUGCAUAAAAUACA